AUAAAACAUGAUAUGCAAUGAUGAUCUAUGUAUAACAUACCAAAUUGAAAAUUUGGGAUGUUACAGCGGCACAUGCAGGAUUCACCAUAGGUCACCUUCGUACAAGUGGUCUAAUCUGACGGCGAAAACCUUGCCUGAAAUAGAGGCUUGGGUAUUCAUGAAACACAAAUCAAAGCGUCGCGUGGGCAUGAGGUGGGUGAGUGAGCACGUGUUUUUCCUCUAUUUUGCUACAAGGAGUAGUAGAACACCACACCUUUUAUAUUGGUACUACUCUUUUUCAACCGGCAGUGUGGUACUAAACUUGUUGAACAGUCAUGCAAGUCCAAUGGGUCUUUAAUAUUUAAAUAUUCUAGUUGGUAUGUGGUACAAAAUUUAGUUGUGGAAACCUAUAAAAUCUAACAAUAUGUAUACAUCCAUAUGUAUGUGCUUUCUCCUAACAAAGGUAUGUGUUUAUUUUUCAGUUUUUUAACUUAAGCAAAAAUCCUCCUGCUAGCUAUCUAGCUUGAAUUUAUUUUGUUUUACACAAAAAGUUAGAACCGCAGUCAACUCUGACACGCACUGAUUACAAUGGUACUAAGUUGCAUACCACAAAGCUGCAUACUACUUCCUCUGUUCACAAAUACUCUCUUCGCCUGUAAUUACGUGUCACAUAAACAGAUGUAUCUACAUGGAUUUUUAGUUCUCGAUACAUCCAUUUAUACGACAAGUAAUUCAAGAUGAAAGGAGUAUGAGAUAUUUUGGGCAUUUUAAUAUAGACUACAUACGAACUGAAAUGGGUGAAGAAACACACGAAACAUGUUUAUUAGAACAUCUUAUAUUAUUUGUGAACAAAGAUAGUACCCAUGCUCAUUCUAGGAGUAACUUUUAGAUGCGUAAAUCAAUUAGCUAGCUAGAAAUUGUUUUUGUUUUGCAUGGGGUGAUAGAGUCGCUCUCAACUCCGCCCCGGGCGACCUGCUCAGUUGCCAUUCGCUCGGUAUUACCGCUGUAACACUUAGAGACGCCAUCAAAUCCAAAUGCAUCGUUUGUACACAAGCGUUAAUUAGUUCCAUAUGGAGCACACCCAUCGAGGGUAUCGUGCUUGCCGAAAGAAAAGGAAUAAACGAGUAAGCUAGUGACGGAGUUAUGAGACAAGAACAAAUAAAAGACAGUGAUAGUUGUCUAUAUAAACUUGCUGAAUAGUUAUGCAAGUCAAAUGGGCCUUUGAGAUUUAAUUUUUAGUUAGUAUAUUAGAGGUACAACAUUUAGUGGGUAAAGGCCCAUAAAAUCUGACAAUAUAUAGUAUACAUUUCAUAUGUGCUUUCUCCUAAAAAAGGUCCGAUCCCUAAUAAGUGUCAUAGUCUUAAACUAUCCCAAAUUCAAAACAACGACAUAUUUUAGAUCAGAGGGAGUAAAUAAUAUAAGAACGUUUUUUACGAUAGUAUAAUGUCAAAAGUGCUAUUAUAUUAUGGGACGGAGGAAGUAGUUAUUUUUAACAUAAAAAUCUAUUUUCAAUUUUUCAAAAUAUUGAAUCCCUGGAGCUUGGGAACCAAAUCUUUUACACAAAGUUAGAAUCGCAAUCAACUCUGACACGCAUUAAUUACAGUAGUACUACUAAGUUGCAUACUGCUAGUACUGAUGCUCAUUGUUGGAGUAAUUUUUAGAUGCGUAGAUCAAUUAGCUAGCUUGAAGUUGUUUCUUUUUUCACAAAAAAUGAAAUUGUUUUGUUUUACAUGAGGUAAUAUAAUCACUCUCCACGGGCGACCUGUUCAGUUGCCAUUCGCUCGGUAUUACCGCUGUAACACUUAGAGACACCGUCAAAACCAAACGCAUCGUGUGUACACAAGCACAAGUGUCCCCAAAACAAUCCGUUAAUUAGUACCAUAAUAUCAAGUACACCCAUCGAGGGUAUCGUGUUCGCCGAAAGAAAAGGAAUAAGCACAAAACAAGAACAAAUAAGACAGCGAUGGUUGUCUAUAUAAACCGCUCGAAUCAAACGCCAUAAGCACCCCACGAGCAAGUCUAGCGCAUGCAAGGCAGCCGAAGCAGGAGCUUACUUGGGCUAAGCAAUGGCGCACGCUAGCCUCGCAGCCCUGGGCGUGCUCGUGGUCCUACUACUGCAGGCGUCAACCGGCACCGUGGCCCGCUCGUCGUCGGCCGUGUCAGCGUCUAAGGUCUUUGGCAUGCCGGCGGUGAUGUCACUCAACGGGUUCGAGCGCGGCGAGGACGGCGGCCCGCCGGCGGAAUGCGACGGCAAGUACCACAGCGACGACGACAUGCUGGCGGCGCUGUCCACGGAGUGGUACCAGGGCGGGAUCCGGUGCUUCAGGACGAUCCGCAUCACGAGGGCGGACAACGGGCAGAGCGUGCUGGCCACGGUGGUGGACGAGUGCGACACCGCGCACGGCUGCAAGAACAACAUCGUGGACACCUCCAGAGCCGUGUGGGCGGCGCUCGGGCUCGACACCAACGUCGGCGAGGUGGCCGUCACAUGGUCAGACUCCUGAGUGAACCGCGCCGAUCCGUCGGUCGCUGAAUAAUUGGCUGCGCGUGCGCGCGCGCAACGCCGCUGCGGGCAUUCGCAAAUCGCAAUGUCUGUUUUCCUGUUUUUACAUCCACGUACGUGCGUAUCCUCUCGGCUGAUGCUGCCAUAUACGUACCCUAAAUAAACGUUGUUUUCUUCCUCAAGAUCGCACGGGAGAAUUGUGAUCAUAUCUCCUACGUACUACUCGUACAAUGUAUGCAUGCAAUGAUAAAUAAGAUCAAUUGGGUUAUGGAAAAGCUGAGUGGAGUGAAUUGUCUUUAAUAAAAUCCCUUGGUUAUAUAAAGCUUCACACAGUUGCCAUGUGAUGUGGUUCAGUUAAUGAGAAGUUUUCAGACUCUCCAUGCUGGAAAGCUAUUAUGAAAGAGUUAAAUACACCUACAGUACACGAACUUGCACUGCGGGAACAUUUUCAUACAAAAACUUGAAA